AUGGCUUUCGAGGUCGACUCAGCGGUGCUUGUCCCCGCCGUGCCGUCUCUUGAUAAGCUGCUCAAGCACGACUGGGGCCUGGACAAGACCGUGAAGGACGAGCUGUGGAACCUGGAGGCCGAGCUGAGCAGCAUGCACGAUUUCCUUGAUGAUGUAUCCAGCAUGCAUCCAGGCCAGCUCGAAUCGAGUGUGAUGCUUAGGGCGCGCCAGGUCAGGGAGUUGUCUCGUGCCAUCGAGACACGCCUCCACUCCUUCAUGACGCGCAUUGAGUUGAUCAAGGACACCUUUCUUCCUGCUGUGAGCACACGCAAAAUUAACCGUGAGAUGGCCAGCUACAUCAAAGAAACACUCACCAAGUUUACAGAGGUGCAUCAACGGUAUGGCCCGUAUCCAUGUAGUAGUUCCCUGCAAAGUACUCCCACAUGCGACCCUCGUAUGCUUGCCAUGUCAACCAGGGUAAGCGAAUCUAGCCUGCUUGUUGGCAUGGACGGGCCAGUUGCCGAGCUGACCAACAAACUAUCCAAAGGUGGCCAUGUCUCCAUUGUCGGGAUGGGGGGAAUGGGCAAGACCACCCUUGCUCGAGCAGUCUACAACAACAUGAAGAUGACAGGGGGCUUCGAUUGCGAGGCCUUUGUUUUCAUUGGUCUGAGAGCUGAUAUGAAGAAGGUUCUGACGGACAUCUUCGAUGAGCUUCACAUAGAUAUUUAUGGUCACGAAUCGGACCAACACCAGCUAAUCAGCCAGCUGCAGAACUUCCUGGUGCAUAAAAGGUAUGCAUGGUUUCUAUUCCUGUAG